ACAAAACGUCACGCCCCUCUGAACGUCCUGAAACAUGUUCCUCAUUAACGACUACACAGCCGGAAUUUAUAAUCGACUGUCGUGGUUGGCGAGCAUUAACGAAAAUUACGUCGGACAGUGCGCAGCACGAGAGUGACUUUCGCGGGAUUCGUGCGAUCGCGUGUAGCACGUGCCAUGCGAUAGUAAUCAUUCCCCCUCCCCCUUUAAGGAAAGUGAUUACCUGUGAAGCAGAAAGGUGGAGUCGUACAAAGAAUAAAAAGAUGUGUAACAGGGACUAUUCGCGCUUUCGGCUCUAACAGCUCUCUUCUCUGUUAUAACGAAUAUUUCCCCGAACAUGAGCAAUCGCAUAAAAUAGCAUAAUUAUGUUUGAACAUGCAACGUUGCUUCAUCUAAGUGAAUUUAAACUUGUAUUGGCGAGUUCUCCGUGUAUUUUGGUGGCUGAUCUUUCGCGGAAAAUUUAAAAUAUCGAGCAUAAAAAAAGAAACUUGAGUAACUUUUUAAUUAAUCAAGUAGAUCUCUCUUUCUCUCUUACGCACGAUUAUCGCAGACACGUUGAUCUGAUCGAGCCGCAUGAUACACAGAACGAAGGGUGUGUCGGUCGCGUGCGACCUCGGAUUAGUGAUUACCUGCAGACACGUGAACGAAGGGGUUCAAACAUCGAAAUCGUCUUAAAAGGGAAACGACAAAAGAGAAGGAUCUGAAUUAGUAUAAAUUAGAGCUUGGCGUCAACAUUUUUCUAGUUACAUUUCAAUAAAUUCAAUUUUUAUUCUGUAAAUUUGAAAAAUUGUAUUUGACAUUCAUUAAAAUUCAAAUUUAUAUAGAAGUCACAUCAAAUCUAAAUAUCGAUGAGAAUAAUUAAUAACGAUCUCGAGAGAUUUCAUGAAACAAAGAAAUAUAUAUAUCUUUAGAAGAAAAUAUUAAAGUUAGAUUUAUAUCAACAAAAAUAUACGUUAUUUUAGAAACGAAUUAUUUGAGAAACGAAACAUCUUAUUAAAUAAAUGUUGAUGCAUCAGAGUUGAAUAUGACGGCACUUAUUUAAUGAAUACAGUAUAUUUCCGAUCUCUGGAUUAGAGAGGAAAGGGGGGGAGAGAGAGAGAGAGCAUUAUAGGAUUGAUAAGGGAAAUUUCAUUUCGCAAUCGAAAUGAUUGAAUGUAAGAGGAUCUUUUAGUUGGGUCGCUGAGCUCUGCAUUAGUCGCGUGACUGUGAGAGAUCUAUGAUCGGUUCAGUAAGACAGUAAUUGGUAUCUUUCACCCCUUGUAGGUGGGUCCGUCAUCCCCGUCGCAGCCGCAACCGUCGCCCAGUCGACAGUCGGUUACGUUUGCUAUCGUCGAGUGUCAGUGCAACGAAGAUUUUGUCGAAAACGACCAAAAAUCGCGAGCAAUCGCGAUCAGGAAAGUGCGGUCUAACAACGAUACACAACGUAUUUCUACUACUGUGUCAAUGGAAAGAUCACCUGUGGAUGACGAAAGAAAUGGCAACGAUAAUGAUUAUUCAGCGUCGGUUUGCGCGAUUAUUCAGCGACGGAACUCGACGCGCCGGCAAAGUCGGCGGAAACGACGUCCAUCAUCUCCAUUUGGUCCUGACGUCGACAACGUGACGCGUCGUCGAUCCUCAGCUUACACCACGAGCUCUGGAGACACAAUAAUUUCGAUGGAAGAGAGCGGUAACCAGGAGCAGGUCUUUGAAAAUCUUAAGCUACACAAGGAAGUUUUGAGCGGCGUGAAACAACAGCCCUGGCCCCUUCGACGUAAGAUCAAGCUUGUACGACAAGCUAAGUCUUACGUGAGAGGACAUGAAGGUGCUUUGCAGGAAAGACUCGCUCAAAGUCGCAGUACUAAAGACGUCAUAGCACGUGUCUUACUUUUCAUGGCUAAGAAAUGGCAGUAUUUUCGGCGCGAGCUGAUCAAUCUUCAAACAUGGUUGAUACCUUGGGAAAUGCGUAUUAUGGAAAUAGAAUCUCAUUUUGGAUCUGCCGUUGCGUCCUAUUUUACCUUUCUCCGUUGGCUGUUUUGGAUCAAUUUCGUUAUAGCAGCCACUCUCACGGCAUUUGUAGCGUUACCUGAGGUAUUAACUGCAAAUGCAACACUCGCCGGCGAAAGAAAAAUUAUGCUGAAGGAAGAAAGCGUCAAGUCGAAACAUUUGUUGACUCUGUGGGAAUUCGAAGGAGUACUGAAGUAUUCUCCGUUUUUCUACGGAUGGUACACGAAUCAAGAGUCACAUAGCACCUACAGACUGCCUUUAGCGUACUUUGUCACUAAUCUAGUCGUCUACACGUACAGUUUCAUCGCAAUUCUGCGCAAAAUGGCGGAAAAUUCACGUUUAAGCAAAUUGACCGAAAAAGAGGACGAGUAUGUCUUUUCGUGGAAACUUUUCACAGCUUGGGAUUUCAUGAUUGGUAAUCCAGAAACUGCUCAUAAUCGUACAGCCAGCAUCAUGCUCGGCUUCAAAGAAGCUUUGCUGGAGGAAGCGGAAAAAGAGAAAGAUGAAAGAAAUUGGAAAAUCAUAUCGAUGAGAAUAAUUGUGAACAUAGUAGUGUUAUCGUUACUUGCGCUGUCGAUGUAUGCUGUAGUCGAAGUAGUUAAACGGAGUGCUGAAGAGGUACACAACUGGUGGCGACAGAACGAGAUCACGAUCGUAAUGUCUCUUAUUACAUACGUCUAUCCGAUAUUUUUCGAGAUACUUGGUUUCCUCGAAAGUUAUCAUCCAAGGAAACAACUUCGAAUACAACUAGCAAGAAUUAUGGUCUUGAACUUGCUAAAUCUCUAUUCCUUAAUAUUUGCAUUAUUUAACAAAAUAAAUACUAUGAAACAUUAUCUUCAUAGCCUUAAACCGACAAACAAUUGCGUAUAUACAAAAAUGCCAUGUAGUGACGAGUUAAUAGGUACAACGCAACGAAUCACAACAUUGGUUUCUCUAAGUCUCGUUUUAAUAAGCAACGUUACCCACUCUUAUGUAAAAAGAGAAGUUUCAGAACAAACCAUUAAGCAGGAGAUGUUCGUUUCCAAUCCGUUAUAUGAAGAUUACAACGAUACAUUCAAUAACAAUUAUGAUGACGAUUAUACGGAUGAUUAUUAUCAGAAUGAAACUUUAGAGACGGGUAACAUCAAUGAAUCUUAUACCACAUCUUAUUAUAAAGAAGAGAGUGACACUCAACGUGUGAGUGAUAGUGUGAUGUUAUACGAUACAAGUUCGACUGUAGACGCCAAUUUUUUGUCUGACUCGACAACUACCGAAAAUUCUUAUAGUUCCACUAGCAGUUCUACUUCAUCGCAAAGUGAAAUUGUGAUAUCGACGGUCAUUGCACUGGACAAAAUAGAAGAAUCAUCAGAGACCACUGACAUUGGUGAUUUUACCGAAGGACCAACAGUUGCUUCAUCAACGACUAGCGAGGAAUCAUUUGCUAAAAAUUUUAACAUUACAUCUACAACAAUAGAUGUUACAACGCCAACCUAUGUCCCAGAGAGUAGUAGUUCUAUAAUAGAGUCAAAUGAACGUGUAAACUCUCACCCAAAAGAGAAAUAUGUAAUAAAGUGUUUCGAAAAAGUUUGUACUACUAUUCCAUCAAACAAUUUAGCUAUGUCUUUGGAGCAGUUAGAUUCGAAGACUCGGAGAAAGUUACGUCGAUUGUGUUGGGAAACUAUGUUUGGUCAGGAACUUGCUAAGCUCACUGUCAUGGAUUUAAUACUCACCAUACUGGCAACCCUCAGCAUGGAUUUCUUCCGUGCCGUUUUCGUGCGUUUUAUGAACAGCUGUUGGUGCUGGGAUUUGGAGAAACAGUUUCCUCAAUAUGGCGACUUCAAGAUAGCUGAGAAUAUUCUUCACUUGGUGAAUAAUCAAGGCAUGGUGUGGAUGGGAAUGUUUUUCAGCCCUGGCCUAACUGUGCUGAACCUUCUCAAACUUGGUAUUUUGAUGUAUCUACGUUCUUGGGCUGUUCUAACGUGCAACGUACCUCACGAAGUAGUUUUCAGAGCCUCCAGAUCUAAUAAUUUCUACUUUGCGCUUCUCUUGACGAUGCUGUUCUUGUGCGUAUUGCCGGUCGGUUACGCUAUCGUCUGGGUAGAGCCUUCGUGGCACUGUGGCCCAUUUUCCGGUUAUCCCAAAAUUUAUAAUUUAGCAACAAAGAGUCUGACAGACUCACUUCCGAAGCUAAUUCGACGAUGUCUCGAUUAUAUUGCAUCGCCUGGUAUAAUAAUACCAUUGAUCGUCCUGAUGACGUUGAUUAUUUAUUAUAUGUCAUCUCUGGCUAGGUCCUUACGAGAAGCAAAUAAUGAUCUGAAGAUACAACUGAGACGCGAACGUACAGAGGAACGUCGUAAAUUAUUCAAAAUAGCAGAAAAGAGGCAGAACACUGAAACUCCAUUAACGAGAUGGAAAAAGAUUCUCCCAGCUCUACCGCAUGCCAGAACAGAGAUACUUCGAAAUUCAGAAACAACUCAAAGAGACGACGUACAAAUCGCUAUUGGGAAUUUGAACGAUACAGUGGAAAGGAAACGAUUAACGAACGAUACCGAGCAAGUCUCGUUACUUCACAACGAAAACCGGAACGAAGAAAAUGACUCAAGAUUAAACGAUACAACUUCUAGCAAAAGGCCCAUAAGCUUCAUUGAAGCUUCCUGGGAUUCGCAGUCGAGUGAACAGGUCGUUGUACCAGAAAUUCAACUAAACGAUGAAGAAAUAGUGGUAUGUAGCGAUAUUCACAGAUCUGUUGAAUUAAACGAUAUAGUGUUCGAUCGUCAUGACAAAGAGAAAACGUAGUGAAAUAAGUAAAAUCGAUAUGAAAUUUAAAUAAUC